GCCUUCGUCUUAUCAGUGUUGAUAGUCGAAAGAUUAAAAUUUAUUUUUUCCGAGGUCGUCCUCCACUUAUUUUUAGUGUUAUCCAGUAGUGGUCACUACAAUAAGAACCUGUAUUUAUAACAAUGUCAAUCUCCACUAGUGUACGAUACGUGGCUCAUAAUCUCUACAGUAGCUGGCACUACAUGCUGAUUCCACGCAAUAUUCAUCUUUCGCGAUAUCUUUUACACGGUGAAUAUGAAUGGCAAGACCCGAAAAGUGAGGAUGAGGUAGUGAAUGUAACGUACAUCGACAAGGAUGGUAAACGGAUGCCGGUUCGUGGAAAAGUAGGUGAUAACGCACUGUAUCUGGCCCAUCGAUACGGCGUGGAGAUGGAAGGUGCCUGCGAAGCGUCCCUGGCCUGUACGACCUGUCACGUGUACGUGCUAGGCGGUUACGUGGAUAGGCUGCCUCCGUCGGAGGAAAAGGAGGACGACCUUCUGGACAUGGCACCGUUUCUGAAGGAGAAUUCCCGACUGGGUUGUCAGAUCGUUCUAACAAAGGAGCUGGAAGGCAUAGAAAUGCAGCUGCCGCAAGCGACGAGAAAUUUCUACGUCGACGGACACAAGCCAAAACCACACUAGUCAGGCGCAGAAGGGAAGGGAUUGACUUGGAGAACAGAGAACGAAAAACGCUGCUGAAAUGUGUAGAUAAUAUCAUAUUAUGUAGUUAUUGUUGAUGCAAGUGUUUUGUUUAACACGGUACCCGCGAAAUAA